AUGAAGAUGAGACGCCAUAAGCUCUUUCUGACUCUCUGCAUGGCUGGUCUCUGCCUUAUCUCCUUCUUGCACUUCCUCAAGGCCCUUUCCUAUGUCACCUUCCCCCGGGAGCUGGCUUCGCUUAGUCCCAACCUCGUCUCCAGCUUCUUCUGGAACAAUGCCCCCGUCACACCUCAGGUCAGCCCUGAGCCAGGGGGUGCAGAGUUCCUCCGCACACCCCUGUACUCCCACUCCCCCUUGCUCCAGCCCCUGCCUCCCAGCAGAGCCAGCGAAGAGCUGCACAAAGUCGAGUUUGUGCUGCCGGAAGACACGACAGAGUAUUUUGUCCGUACCAAAGUUGGUGGCGUUUGCUUUAAACCAGGCACCAAGGUGUUGGAGAAGCCACCUGUGGGAGGGCGGCCGGAGGAGCGAGCAGAUGGCGCAGCCUCGGGGCGGCCGGUUCGCAAGCCGCUGAGCGCUAGUGGGACCAAACGGCGCAAGUGGGUGGAGUGCGUGUGCUUGCCGGGCUGGCACGGCCCCAGCUGUGGGGUCCCCACUGUGGUCCAGUACUCCAACCUGCCCACCAAGGACCGCCUCGUGCCGCGGGAGAUCCCCCGGCGGGUCAUCAACGCUAUCAACGUCAACCAUGAGUUUGACUUGCUGGAUGUCCGCUUCCACGAGCUGGGAGAUGUGGUGGAUGCCUUCGUGGUGUGCGAGUCAAACUUCACGGCCUAUGGAGAGCCACGGCCCCUCAAGUUCCGUGAGAUGCUCCUCAACGGCUCCUUUGACUACAUCCGCCACAAGGUGCUCUACGUCUUCUUGGACCACUUCCCCCCUGGCGGCCGCCAGGAUGGCUGGAUUGCUGAUGAUUACCUGCGCACGUUUCUCACGCGGGAUGGCAUCUCUCGCCUCCGCAACCUGCGCCCAGACGACGUCUUCAUCAUCGAUGAUGCCGAUGAGAUCCCGGCCCGCGAUGGCGUGCUCUUCCUCAAGCUCUACGACGGCUGGACGGAGCCCUUCGCCUUUCACAUGCGCAAGUCACUCUACGGCUUCUUCUGGAAGCAACCAGGCACCUUGGAGGUGGUCUCGGGCUGCACCAUGGGGAUGCUCCAGGCUGUCUAUGCUACUGACGGGAUCCGUCUGCGGCGCCGCGAGUACUACACCAUGCCUGGCUUUCGGCAGUAUGAGAACAGCACAGGACACAUCCUGGUGCAGUGGUCGCUGGGCAGCCCUCUCCACUUUGCUGGCUGGCAUUGCUCCUGGUGUUUCACCCCAGAGGGGAUCUACUUCAAACUGGUGUCGGCCCAGAAUGGGGACUUCCCCCGCUGGGGUGACUAUGAGGAUAAACGAGACCUCAAUUAUAUCCGGCAGCUGAUCCGGACUGGUGGCUGGUUCGAUGGUACUACGCAGGAGUAUCCCCCCGCUGACCCCAAGGAGCAGAUGUAUGCUCCCAAGUACCUGCUCAAGAACUACCAGCGGUUCCGCUACUUGUUGGAGAACCCCUACCGAAAAGCGGAGGGUGCUGCGUGAGGCCA